CCUCAUCCUUUGACCACCUCUCAAAAUAAGAAAUCAAUAAAGCACACGUGUCGUUUCAAAAUGGGAAGUAAAUAUAAUUAAAACAAAAAUAAAGAUUUGUUUUUGAAAAAAUUCGAAAUAAGCUAAAAUUCGCCGGAAUAGCGCUGCCUGGCGAAGUUCCGUUUCCUGGCAACCCGGAUUCAGCAACGCAAGCCCAGACCACGAUGGUGGAUCUUUUAGACAUAAGCUACAGCCGAAUAUAAUCAAUGGAAAAUGCUGGGCUAGUCAGCUAAGACACAACCAUUUUACUCGUCACGGGACCAUAUUUGAUGGUCCUUAUAAAUGUCAAAACAACUCUAAAUAACUUAGUAAUUAUAGGAGAUUGAUUUUGUUUUUGACAUAUAUCAUUAGAUACAAGUUGUCCCAGUUUGCGUGAGGAGGAAUUCGCAUUUCCUUGAAAUAAAAUCAAUUGUUUUGAAAGCAGAGAAGCCUGACGUUUCCGUAACAUUCAAAAUAAGCCUGAUUUUUUAUUAUCUUCAAUCUGCAUGCCAACUCAAGUUUCACCAGAGCCUGAAGAAGAAGAUAGUAUGGCGCAGGAAAAGACAACUAAUAAUGAGUUAAGGCAUUUUGGAGAAUACGACCGUAUCCGCAUUCCUGUAGAAAUGGUGACGCGGAAUUCAACAGAGAGAAUCUCCUUCGUCCCGACUGAUUCCUCUGACACUGGGAUCGGGAUAUGUGGUUGGAUUCUCACUGCUUUGUCUAUGGUGAUAGCAGUUGCAACAUUUCCUUUAUCAAUCUUCUUCUGCAUUAAGGUCGUCCAGGAAUAUGAAAGAGCUGUUAUAUUCCGUCUUGGUCGUUUGUUACAUGGAGGGUCUAAAGGACCAGGAAUCUUUUUCAUCUUGCCAUGCAUUGAGAAUUAUACUAAAGUUGAUCUCAGAACUUUAACAUUUGAUGUGCCUCCACAAGAGGUUCUUACUAAAGAUUCUGUGACAGUGUCAGUGGAUGCUGUUGUGUACUAUCGCGUUCACAACGCCACUGUAUCAGUUGCUAAUGUGGAGAAUGCGCAUCACAGUACUCGACUGCUGGCCCAAACCACUCUGCGCAACAUGCUCGGAACUCAUAAUCUGCACGAGAUCCUCGCUGACAGGGAAACUAUUUCCAAUACAAUGCAGAAUUGUUUAGAUGAAGCUACAGACCGCUGGGGGAUUAAAGUGGAACGAGUUGAAAUCAAAGACGUUCGCCUGCCCGUUCAGUUGCAACGAGCAAUGGCAGCAGAAGCAGAAGCAGCUCGAGAGGCUAGAGCAAAGGUUAUUGCCGCAGAAGGUGAGCAGAAAGCUUCUCGAGCCUUGAAAGAAGCUGCUGAAGUGAUUGCCCAGUCCCCAGCUGCUCUUCAGCUGCGUUAUCUCCAGACCUUGAACACCAUCUCGGCGGAGAAGAAUUCGACCAUUAUUUUCCCCCUGCCCAUAGAUUUCCUCAGCCAGUUCCUGCCAUCCAGGCUGCAGGCCGCAUCCGACUAAAACCCUCGUUUCUUUCCGUUAGCCUAAGUGUCGCACAAGCUCAGCUAAUAUUUCAUUUGAUUCUGAUCGGCGUUUAUUCAUCACAACUUCCCUUAACAAGAUUCAAUAUUUCAUAAAUUGGUGCUGCAUGCUUUUAUUGUUCGGAUAAAUAAGUGAAGGACUGGCAGUUUUGAUAAUCCGCCUAAAAUUAUUCAUAAUCAUAAUUAUAGUAAAAAUUCAAUAUUAAUCAAACUAGACGCAACUGGAAAUUCAUCAAACAAAUAAAAUAUAUAUUAGCUUAUUAAAAAAUAAGGCCUACAUAAAAUUAAUAUCAAAGUUGCGUUCUUUUAUAAAAUAGUUUCUAUUAAUAAAAUCAAAUAAAAACAAGAACAGGGGCGGAAUUAUAGUUGAAGAGGUAUCACUAAAUUGAAAGCCAAAAAGUUAAUCAAACUGAUCAAAUGUUAGAAACUGCAGUUUUCUGCAGUUUAAUUUAUUGUGGUUUGAUUUCGCUUUUUUGAUAAGUAAAUGAUUAGCAUGCGCCCCCCCCCUCCCCCAGUUGUUUCCAGGGACCCAAUAUUUACUCCAUCGUCUGAAACUAAAUAUUCUCAAUAAGAUAAAGUUUUUCAUAAGCAUAUUCUCCGUAACGAAGAAUGAAGAACAGAAACCUGUAUUUACAUGAUUGACUCUGAGAUUUCAAAAUUACCUUUUAGAAAUACGUGAAAACAUUUUGCAGUCAUCGGAAAAGUCAGUCGAUUUUUUUAUAUAAAUACAUUUAAGUGAAAAACAAAAUUUGGUAGCUUCAAAUGCAUCUUAACUGUUUAAUGGAAUUGUUUUCUUCAAAAGUUGAGUGGAAUUUUAUUAAGAUUCGUUUCUUUUUUGCCAAUGAUAAAUUUUAAAUGACAGUUUUGGCAUUAAAAUUCUUAAUUUUAGGACGUUUUCUAAACAUUUCUGCUUUAAUUAAUUACAAUUUAAUAUGAAAGCCAAUAAUAACAACUGAAGGAAAUGUUUUAAGAUAGAUUAUUUUCGUAUAUUCAUAUUUUUCAUUUUAAUAUUAUUAUGAGGUAUUUAUUUUCAUUUUUAAAAACUUAAAAUUCUAGCAAACAAAUAUUUGUCUGUUUUGUUAUUCAAAAACACAUAGUGCAGCAAUUCUUCAUACUAAAUAAUUCAUUGAAAAGAAUCAAAGCAUAUGUUUAAUAAAAGCUCUAGAAAAGAAAUAUAGAAAGUGAGAAUACAUUAAUUCUAACAAUGGAAUAAAAUAAUGCUUAUUAAAAAGUAAAAAACAACUUUAUUUGAUUUAUUUCGUAAUUAAAAAAAGAUGUUAACCUACAGAAUAUUUUUAGAAACUUAGCAUUUUAAUAAGUUUGGCCUGUUGAAAAUUAUUUUUUUCCCGAUAUAACCAAGGAAAUAUUUACAAGAACUGCAUUUUAAUCAAAAAAAUAAGACAUUAAAAUUUAUAUAUAUUAUAAUUAUUUCAAAGGACAGCUUGUCUUUAUCAAGGCAUCAUUUGUUUAUUGUAACUGUAGAUUGUUGAGCAAUCUACAAAUCCCUAAAACAGCUAUUUACAUAGAAUGAACAACAUAAAUUUAUUAAAUAAUCAUUAUUUAUUCUUUAAGUAGCAAAAAUAUUUAGGAAUUCGUGUUAUUCGUUAUAUUUUCAAAAACUUUUAUAUGUAUAUUUGAUUUACAUGUAUUUUAUAUAUUCCAUACUCAUAU